GAUCGUCUUACGCUCACCUCUCCUCGCAAAGAACAGCAUGAAGGGUCCCUGUGAGCCACCUGUCACUGCCAAGGAGGCGGCAAGGAGCAGCAGCACCCAAGCAGACAAGCCCUGGCGGAUCAACGUGGGCGGCUUCACCAUGGAGUUCCCUCGUGAAGUGCUGCUGCAAGAUGGCCUCAAGGACACACGCCUGGCUGUGUUGUUUCACCGCUUCGGUGAGUCGCUGCUCGAGGACACCGACGGCAUCCCCUUCGUCGACGCAGACCCGCACUACUUCAUCUGGUGGGCGGGAAGCAAAGCCCACGUGGUUUGAUUGACAUUCAUCCACUGGCCGCGUGUCUGGCUCUCUCCAUCUGUGUGUGUCAGGUUGGAUGUCAAGUUGGGUUUUCUCAAGGCGGGCUGGAUCGACGACAUCACGCUCUUCGACGACUGCCCCGUCAAGACCUUCUACCACGACCUGUGCUUCGCCAAGACGACACUCAGCAUCACACCACAGAACGACCAGGGCAGUGAGGCC